UAUACUUAUUCUCGCGAGAUCAGUCGUUUUUAACCGUCGCGCUCGUAUUGGCUGCUUCUUAUUUUUCCGCCCCCUUUUUACUUCCUGUUCAAAUUACCCGGGAAAGUUCCAGGCACUGUCAAUCUCUGGUUUGGAUGCACACCGUUCACAAACAUGCCCGCCACUUCAAAAAUACACACGGAUGACCUGCAAAGAGGAGCCUGCAGUAACCAGGAGGAUAGAAGUCAGACUGUCGAGAGGAAAAGCUUCGGGGUUUUCUGUGAUGAACGGGGGUAUCUGGAUCAGAUCGAGUACAUCCUACAGCACGGCCGCAGGAAGGGAGACCGAACCGGGACCGGAGUCAUCUCUGUGUUCGGUGCUCAGGCCAGAUACAGUCUGAGAGAUCAGUUUCCAUUACUCACAACCAAGAGAGUGUUUUGGAAAGGAAUCCUUGAAGAGCUGCUGUGGUUUAUCAAGGGAUCCACAAAUGCCAAGGAGCUCUCUGAGAAAGGUGUGAAGAUCUGGGAGGCCAAUGGCUCGCGAGACUUUCUGGACAAGCUUGGAUUCACACAGAGAGAAGAGGGAGACCUGGGGCCUGUGUAUGGUUUCCAGUGGAGACACUUUGGUGCAGAGUACACAGACAUGCACGCAGAUUACACGGGACAAGGUGUCGACCAGCUGCAACAAAUCAUUGACACCAUCAAAAAGAAUCCAGAGGACAGACGGAUCAUCAUGUGCGCUUGGAACCCCAAAGAUCUGCCCCUCAUGGCUCUGCCUCCCUGCCACGCUCUGUGCCAGUUCUACGUGUGCGAUGGUGAGCUGUCCUGUCAGCUGUACCAGCGCUCAGGAGACAUGGGUCUGGGGGUGCCCUUUAACAUUGCCAGCUAUGCACUUCUUACCUACAUGAUCGCUCACAUCACAGGCCUCAAGGUAAAGUCCUUGUCACAAACUCUCCAUCGUUGGAUCGUGGCUGUGUCCUCCAUAAGCUCACAUGUGCUGUGUUUGGUUCCACCUUCUCAGCCUGGUGACUUCGUUCACACUCUGGGAGACGCUCACAUCUACCUCAACCACAUCGAACCCCUCAAAAUACAGCUUCAGCGAGAGCUUCGACCCUUUCCCAAGCUGAAGAUCCUGAGAAACGUGGAGAGCAUCAACGAUUUCUGUGCAGAGGACUUUGAAAUUUGCGAUUACAAUCCUCAUCCCACCAUUAAGAUGCAGAUGGCCGUGUAACGCUGCUUGUUCCAUAUCUACAGUGGCCUGUAUGCUUCACGCCUGUCCUUUACUGUAGUUCAUCCAGAUUGUCCACUGAGUUGUGUAAUUAUAGGUUUUACAUAACAAAUGGAAACAGUUGUUUUAACCUGAUGCCACAUUUGUUUUACUGACUUUAUUUUAAAUGUAAUCAAUAUCUAAUUUGUAAAUAAAGAAUUUAAGUCUGUCUCAA